ACACCUGCAUUAUAUUAACACCAUGAUUAAGUGUCUGUCUGAAGAAGUGCAGGGGAAGCUUCGCUCCGGCGUCGCCAUUCCCUCCCUUCAGCAGAGCAUCGAGGAGCUCAUCCUCAACAGCAUCGAUGCCGAGGCGACCUGUGUGGGGGUGAGGGUGGACAUGGAGGCGUUCAAAGUACAGGUGGUCGACAACGGUGCUGGGAUGACGGCUGAGGACAUGGAGUGCGUGGGAAACCGAUACUACACGAGCAAAUGCAGCACUGUUGGAGACCUGGACAAUCUCAGGUGGUAUGGGUUCAGAGGAGAAGCCCUGGCAAGUGUUGUCUCACUCGCCACACUCGUUGAAAUCUCCGCCCGGACCAGAUCAUCGGUAAAAACUCACAUCAAAAUCUUCAAGGGUGGCAAGGGCAUGGAUGUGUUCGAAGCAGAGAGUACUCGACCCUCUUCAGGGACGACCGUUGUCGUCUGUAACUUCCUCCACAACAUGCCAGUGCGAAGGAAGAGGAUGGAUGCCGUCCUGGAGGGCGAGAGGAUCAGACACAGGGUGGAGGCCAUUUCACUGAUGCAUCCCUCUGUGUCUUUCACCCUGAAGAAUGACUGCACAGGAGCCAUGACGGUUCAGCUUCCUAAAGCGAGAAGCACCUACCACAGGUUUGUGCAGAUACACGGUCUCGGGCGAGCACAGAAGCUCGGAGAAAUCGGCCACACUCGCGGUCAGUUUGAAGUGACGGGUUACAUCGGCAGAGAAGGCCACUACAAUAACAGCUUGCAGUUCCUGUAUGUGAAUGAAAGGCUGCUCCUGAAAACACGGAUACACAAGCUUCUGAACCUUCUUCUUCGCAGACUGAGCUGUUCAAAUCAGAAAACCGACAGUCCAGACGGGCAGUCUGCUACCAGGAGUCCGAAGCACAAACGAAGCCAAGAACUGCAUGGAGUGUACGUCAUCAAUAUCAAAUGCCUUUUCUCAGAGUAUGACAUAUGUCUUGAGCCUGCCAAAACUCUGAUAGAGUUCAGAGAUUGGGAUGAGAUGUUGCUAUGCAUAGAGGAGGCAGUGAAAGCUUUCCUGAGCAAGGAGAACUUGGUGGCUGUGCUUUCUCAAGAUGACUUGGACUAUGUAGCUCCCAAUUUGUUUUCCAGUCACAACACAGACCAAGAGGGACAUAACGCGGGCCAUGGUGACUCAGCAGCUGGCGUGGCUUCCUCACUAGAUUGCACUUUUGGAAUGAAACUGGCAUCUAAUCCUGUUUAUCGAAGGCGCAAAGACGACUGUGCACACACGGACAGUGUUGGUCAGGAGUGUGGUCCGAUGGAGGGCGAGGAAGAGACUGCAGGACAGGGGAAGCAAAAGAUAAAUAGUGUAAAGAGUAUAAACAAAGAAUCUAGAUCUGAGCCACUGUGUGAUUUGCCUAGACUUGAAGCUACAUCUGAUAAUAACAUUACUGUGGAAGAGGAGUCAACCGUUAGUGAUGCUGGGGAAGACACUCAAGUGUUAUGUUUGUCAAAUUCACUAGAAAACGAAAAACUGGAACUUUCAAAAGAAAAAGAGAUACCAGUCAACACAACCCUCUCAGCCAUUAGUGUGAUCCCACUAGUUGGAAUCUAUCAACAAAUUCAACCGGCUUCAAAAAGUAUUGAUCAAAUAUUACCCGACUGUCAGGGUUCAGGAGGACGUGAAUUUACUUCAAUAUGUAACAGAAGGAUCAGCCUGUCUGAUCCAUACAUUCAUGAAAAUCUGCUCCCUCAGGACCUGUCCCAAAUCAACAAGUCAGUAUUUCAGCCACAAGUUUUAGUACAAAAAUGUGAGGAGAGAUCCGUUGCGUCAAAACGCAAAAUCUCCCUGUGUGCCGGCCGUGACGGAAAUUGUCCGAAACCAUCCAUCGACAUAAUUCCCUCAAAGAUGCAAAGAAUUUCAACUUGUCAAAAGUUGUCUUUAUGUAAGGAGCCUGGGUCCCUUGAGAAGUUCAGAAGAACAUGUGGUCCAGCUGAUGAACUGAAGUUACCCUCUCAAGCGACUCAUCAAGGGAAUAAUCCCAGACGUCAUCAGACAGACGGCGGUGUUUUAAAUUCCAAGAACAUGUCUGUCUGCCAGAAAGAACCGCAAGAUGGCGGCGGAACAGAAAAAGAAGAGACACGGAGCUUUCUCCGAAGUCCAUUUGCCCUCCAAGCAUUCGCCAAGUUAAAGCCAGUCUCGGGGCAGAAUAGAGGACGCAUAUCUUUGGCAGCUAAACUCUUCCAUUUGAAACGACACGGGACAGACGAUUCAAACGUAUUGCCACACUUAUCGAGGACGACCUCGCGGGACGAUACCCGUCUCCGUCGCGCUAAUGAUGACGGCCAAGACGGCAAUAACAGCGAGAGUCACUGUGCCACGCCACGAAAUCCUGAGACUGCCCAUGGCUGCUGUGAAAGUCCUCCCCUGGCUGAGGGGGAAGAGGAUACAACAUCGGGGGACUGGCUUCAUCACUACGACGCGUCUGUGGGAAAGAUAGUUUAUAUCAACAGAGUGACUGGGCUCAGCCGCUAUCAAGACCCACCGGCUGAAGAAACUCUCGCGCGCUGUACAUCGGAUGUCACCAAUAUGGCAGUUAGUGUCAUCUCUGAAAGGGGGAUGGAAGACAGAUGUUACCCGUUUCAGGUGGAUCUCGUAUUGCCCUUCCUACCUAAAUCCAGGACAGACAGAGUGAUUAGUUCAGGGCUUGACGACAGAGAUGUCAAUGUGGAGAGGUCCAACUCACUGAAGUCGUUGUACUCAAAGUGGAAGAAUCCUGUGUUUGUCUGCCCUCCUACGGUCGGUGUGGACGUCUCAAGUGGGCAAGCUGAGGGACUGGCGGUCAAGAUCCACAACAUCCUGUUUCCAUACCGCUUCUCUAAGGCCAUGAUUCACUCAAUGAAGGUUAUUCAUCAGGUGGAUAAGAAGUUUCUUGCGUGUCUCAUCAACACGAGAGAUGAGGAGUCUGCGGCACACACCGAAGGAAACCUUCUGGUGCUGGUAGAUCAACACGCCGCACACGAGAGAGUUCGACUCGAAAAUCUCCUCGCAGAUUCUUAUGAGGAGGACCCAGAGGCCCCUGGGGAGAGACGUCUGUGUUCAUCAACCAUUUUACCACCUCUCCAGAUCAGUGUAACGGAGGAAGAGCAAAGGCUACUGAGGUCUUGUGAAGCACAUUUGCGGAGUUUGGGCCUGGAAGUGAAGUUCUCACAGGCAGCGAAUCCGCAAGCUUUAGUCGGAAAGGUACCGCUGUGCUUCAUGGAAAAGGAGAGUAACGAGCUCAGGCGGGGGAGACCAUCUGUUAUCAAGUCUAUUGUUAAGGAAUAUCUUCAGGAGCAGAUCGAGUUGCUCUGCUCGACCGGGAGAGUCAGAGGAUCUCUGCCCCUCACGGUGCUGAAGGUGCUCGCCUCACUCGCAUGCCACGGUGCCAUCAAAUUCAACGACAGCCUGAGUCGAGAUGAAUGCUGCAGCCUGGUGGCGUCCUUGUCCUCCUGUCAGCUGCCCUUCCAGUGUGCUCAUGGCCGUCCAUCCAUUGCUCCCUUGGUAGACAUCCUCCAUUUGGACAAAGACGAGAAGGAAUUACAGAAGCCCAACCUCCAAAAGCUGAGAAGAAUGUAUAAAGCGUGGGAACUAUAUGGAAAUAGAUGAGUGGGUGUGUCUUUACUGUCAACAGAAUCAUUGUUGAAUCUUGUUUGUGAAUUCACAGGAAGACUUUUAAUAUGAACAACAUAUUUAACAUAUAUAGCAAACAAAUACACAAACUGUUCUUACAGCAAUCGCUCAUUUGCUAAUAACAUUCUUAAACUGAAUUAAAAAACAACAAAGAAAAAAAGCAUGAUUUGGGAAAAUGAAUAAUAUGUGAUUAAAACAACACAAGACCAGUUUGAUAUUUCCUGGAGGACAAACGAUA